GAGCCCAGAGGUGUGGGGAGGGCUCAGCGAGCGCUCGCCGGGGCAGCAGUGGUUGCAACUCGCUCCCUCUCUCCUCAUCCUCCACUUCCCUAGAUCAGUCCCAACACCUCCCUUGGCCCCUCUCCUCUGCCGUCCUCACGCUUCGCUUUCUCCUUUCUUGGCACUUUCCUCUCAAACCAACCAUCCUUCCGGACAAACUUUGAUGGAGAAUUUCAUACUACGGUGGAAAAAUGCCGGUUAUGAAAGGAUUACUGGCGCCCCAGAACACCUUCCUCGACACCAUCGCCACCCGUUUUGACGGAACACACAGUAACUUCAUCCUCGCUAAUGCCCAGGUGGCUAAGGGUUUCCCCAUAGUCUACUGUUCGGAUGGCUUCUGUGAGUUGGCUGGAUUUGCCCGAACUGAAGUCAUGCAGAAGAGUUGCAGCUGCAAGUUCUUAUUUGGAAUUGAAACCAAUGAGCAACUGAUGCUUCAAAUAGAAAAGUCAUUGGAGGAAAAAACAGAAUUCAAAGGAGAAAUUAUGUUCUACAAGAAGAACGGGUCUCCAUUUUGGUGCCUAUUGGAUAUUGUUCCUAUAAAGAAUGAGAAAGGAGAUGUCGUUCUUUUUCUGGCCUCAUUCAAAGAUAUAACAGAUACAAAAGUGAAGAUUACUCCAGAAGAUAAAAAAGAAGAUAAAGCCAAAGGAAGAUCAAGAGCAGGGACUCAUUUUGACUCAGCCCGGAGACGGAGUCGAGCGGUCCUUUAUCAUAUCUCAGGGCACCUGCAAAGAAGAGAAAAGAACAAAUUGAAAAUAAAUAAUAAUGUGUUUGUAGACAAACCAGCAUUUCCGGAGUACAAAGUUUCUGAUGCAAAAAAGUCCAAAUUCAUACUUUUGCAUUUUAGCACUUUUAAAGCUGGCUGGGAUUGGCUUAUUUUGUUGGCAACGUUUUAUGUUGCCGUGACUGUACCUUACAACGUUUGCUUUAUUGGCAACGAUGACUUGUCCACGACUCGGAGCACCACAGUCAGUGACAUUGCAGUGGAGAUUCUUUUUAUUAUAGAUAUUAUUCUAAAUUUCCGAACAACCUAUGUUAGCAAGUCUGGUCAAGUUAUCUUUGAAGCAAGAUCAAUUUGCAUCCACUAUGUCACAACUUGGUUCAUCAUUGAUUUGAUUGCUGCAUUGCCUUUUGAUCUUCUGUACGCUUUCAACGUCACUGUGGUAUCACUUGUACAUCUCCUGAAGACUGUGAGGUUACUGCGUCUUUUGCGUCUCCUGCAGAAGUUGGACCGUUAUUCCCAACAUAGCACAAUCGUCCUGACUCUACUCAUGUCCAUGUUUGCUCUUCUUGCACACUGGAUGGCGUGUAUCUGGUAUGUCAUUGGAAAAAUGGAGAGGGACGACAACAGCCUACUGAAGUGGGAAGUUGGUUGGCUCCAUGAGCUGGGAAAGCGACUUGAGUCACCAUACUAUGGCAACAGUACUUUGGGGGGCCCUUCAAUCCGAAGUGCCUAUAUCGCCGCUCUAUACUUCACCCUCAGCAGCCUCACCAGUGUUGGGUUUGGGAAUGUCUCUGCUAAUACAGAUGCAGAAAAGAUCUUCUCCAUCUGCACCAUGCUGAUAGGUG